AUGGAGGCGGGAACCAGGCCGGAGCACUUCUCCUCAACCAAAAUCGGGUCGAGGGCCCAUCCUCAACCAACAUGGGGUUCCGAGGUGUGGAAGUUCAAGCUGAAGAAGACACAGGUAGGGACAAGGCCGGGGGGGGGCUCAUCCUCAACCAGUAUGGGUUUCCGAGGCGUGGCCGGGAGGGUGUAUCAUCAACCAAUAUGGGUUUCCAAGACGUGGGGUCUCAAGCGUGGAAGCUCACAAGUCGAAGAAGACAGAGGCAAGGAUAAGGCAGAGACAAGGCGGGAAGGCUUAUCCUCAACCGGUAUGGGGUUCCGAGGUGCGUGGUCUCAGUCGAAGAAGGCGGAGGCAGGGACGAGGCCGGAGCACUCAUCCUCAACCAAUAUGGGGUCCCAGGCGCGUGGUCUCAGCCCGAAGAAGGCGGAGGCGGGGACGAGGCCGGAGCGCUUAUCCUCGACCAACGUGGAGUCCCAGGUACGCGCUCUCGGCCCGAAGAAGGUGAAGGUGGGGUGCUUGAAGCCAGAAGAAGGCGAGCUUCAAGAGGAGGCGACAACAGGCUCGAAGGACUUACUCUCAGAAUACGUUCUCGGCGCGUGGUCUCAACCUGAAGAAGACGGAGGCGGCGACAAGGCCGGAUCGCCUAUCCUCAACUGUCAUGGGUUCCCAGGUCCGUGGUCUGGAGAGAACAGAAGCCGAGACCAGGCCGGAGUGCCUAUCCUCAAGCAAUAUGGGGUCCCAGGUGCGCGGUCUCAACUUGAAGAGGAUGGAGGCGGGAACCAGGCCGGAGCACUUGUCCUCAACCAAUAUCGGGUCCGAGGUGCGUGGUCUCAACUCGAACAGGACGGAGGCGAGGAGAGGCCGGAGUACCUAUGCAAGGACAAGGCUGGGAGGGCCCAUCCUCAACCAACAUGGGGUUCCGAGGUGCGGAAGUUCAAGCUGAAGAAGACACAGGUGUGGAAGUUCAAGCUGAAGAAGACAGAGGCGUGGAAGCUCAAGCUGAAGAAGGGCAAGGACAAGGCGUGGAAGCUCAAGCUGAAGAAGAAUAUCCUCAACCAAUAUGGGUUUCCGAGGCGUGGCGUAGAAGCUCAAGCUGAAGAAGACAGAGGCAAGGACAAGGCGUGGAAGCUCAAGCUGAAGAAGGGCAAGAACAAGGCGUGGAAGCUCAAGCUGAAGGAGACGGAGGCGUGGAAGCUCAAGCUGAAGAAGGGCAAGAACAAGGUGUGGAAGCUCAAGCCGAAGAAGACAGAGGCAAGGACCAGACCGGGCGUGGACGCUCAAGCGGAAGAAGACAGAGGCAAGGAGGAGGCGUGGACGCUCAAGCGGAAGAAGACAGAGGCAAGGAGGAGGCCGGGCGUGGACGCUCAAGCCGAAGAAGACGGGGGCAAGGACCAGGCGUGGAAGCUCAAGCGGAAGAAGACGGAGGCAAGGACGAGGCGAACACUGAAGGAGACGGAGUCGCCGAAGGCGAGCCAUGGAGUAUCCGCGCUCGCAAGCGGGACAAUUGCAAAAGGAUAUCAGAGAAAGAGACCAUCACUGAGCAU